UCCGUUCCCCGGGGAGGGGCUGCGGCUGUGCCGGGGCACCCCGGGCUCUCUGCCGCGGUGACGCUGGCGGGUCCUGGCACACGUGCCAUGCCACCGUGGGGCUGGCGCGGGGAAGCCCGUCCCCCGGGGAGGGCUGGGCCGUCCCUUCCCUUUCGCCAGGCACAGCUGCGGGCGGAGGUCCCGGGCGUCCGGGUGAGCGGCCAUGGGCCACCGAACACCGGGCCCCCAGCGGAGCCCCUGGAGCGCUGUCCUGGCAGCCGCCCUCCUGCUCUCCUGCCCACCGCCGGCUCGGGGCCAGGCCCCCCGCUUCACCAUCCGCCAGGACCCCGAGGCCGCCCGGCUCGGGGGGGACGUCACCUUUGCGCUGGAGCUGUUGCCCAGCGGAGUCGUGUACUGCGCCUGGCACCGGGCACCCACCGCCAGCCUGGACUUCGAGAUCUUCACCUACUUCAAGCAGCCGGAGCUGGGGCAGCAGAACGGGCCGGCGUACACUGAGCGGGAGACAGGUGCCGCCGACUGCUCCAUGCGCAUCAGCCGUCUGCGCCUGAAUGACACCAGCGCCUACACCGUGGCUGUGCGGCACCCCACCAUCACCACCGCCAGCAUCAACCUGACCGUCUACGAAUUGCUGACACAGCCAGCGGUGACGCCGGACAACGUGACGGUGACAGAGAACGACACCGUCAGCCUGACCUGCCGCAGCCCCCCUGGUACCGAGACGGUGGCCUGGCUGCGCGACGGGGCAGUGGUGUCGGCCGGCGGCCGCCUGUCCCUGUCCCUGGACAACCGCACGCUGACGGUGCGGCCGGUGCAGCGGGGUGACGCCGGCGCCUACACGUGCCAGGUCAGCAACGCCAUCAGCACCAACCGCAGCGACGAUGUCAACGUUACCAUCCUCUGUGAGUCCCCACGGCAUCCCUGUCCCCGCCGUCCACCACGCUGUCCCCAUCCCUGCAUCCCCUGUGCUGUCCCUGUCUCCGUCCCCAUCCCCACGUGUCCCGUACUGUCCCUGUCCCGUGUCACCGUCACCCCACCGGGCCCCCUGCGGUUGCGGCUGGGCUCCCACCUGGACCUGCGCUGCGCCGCUGCCGCCGCCCCCCCGCCCCUCUUUGCCUGGGCCCGCGGCAACGCCAGCCUGGCCACCGGCAGCCACCUGCGCCUCGACUUUGGGGACCCCAGCCAGGCCGGCAAGUACCGCUGCCGGGCCACCAACCCCAUCCUGGGCCGUGCCGCCGAGGCCGCCGUGCUGCUGCUGCAGGACGAGGGUCUCAGCAGCGGGGCCAUCGCCGGCAUCAUCUUGGGGACGCUGCUGGGGCUGGGGCUGCUGGGGGCCGCCGGGUACCUGCUCUGGCGCCGCGUUGGCAGGUCCUCCACUCCCAUCUCCCUCAAUGGAGCCAAACCCAGCGCCUCCUCCCGCGAGGCCCCGGCUGCGGAUGGCACAGACAGCACGGAGGAGGUCAAGUACUCAACCCUGACCUUCAGCGCCCCGGGGGGGCCGGCACCCCACGGCCCGCCCCGGCUCGACGGUGGCACUGUCUACUCCGAGGUCAGACGGAAAUAG